UUAUUCUUCUAAUUAGAAAACUAAAUCAUGCACUGGCUGCUGUUGACUCCAUUUCUCUGUCUGAGUCUCGAACUUGAACUCAAACAUGGCGAAGAAACUCGUGAAGUACUUUGUGGUGGACGCGUUCACUGACUCGGCGUUCAAGGGGAACCCGGCGGCUGUGUGUUUGUUGGAAGAAGAGAGAGAUGAGCAAUGGUUGCAAGCAGUGGCGGCCGAGUUCAACAUCUCCGAAACCUGUUACUUGACUCGGCUAACUGAGUCGGGCCAUAUUGACUCGUCCAUUCCUAGGUUCCGUCUCAGAUGGUUCACUCCUGUCACUGAGGUUGAGCUUUGUGGUCAUGCUACAUUGGCAGCUUCACACGCAUUGUUUACUUCUGGUUUGGUGAAUUCCAACAUUAUUGAGUUUGUCACACUAUCCGGUAUUUUAACGGCUAGAAAGGUUACCGAAAUCAAGACAUCGGAUGGUUUGGAUAUUCAGAAUGGUGAAACACAAGGGUGCUUUUUCGUCGAACUGGAUUUCCCAACUGUCCCGUUAACCGAUUUUAGUCCGGAUGAAGUUUCGUUAAUUUCCAAUGCCGUGAAUGGGGCUGCUGUGCAUGAUAUAAAGAUAACAACAACUUCAGAGAACCUCUUUCUUGUACUCCCAUCAAGAGAAAGUGUGGUUGAGCUACAGCCAGAGAUUGAUGCUAUAAAGAAAUGUCCUGGAAAGGGGUUAAUUAUUUCAGCGGCUGCUCCCCCGGGGUCUGAGUUUGAUUUUUAUAGCCGAUACUUUUGCCCAACAUUUGGGAUCAAUGAGGAUCCUGUUUGUGGGAGUGCACAUUGUGCCUUAGCACCUUACUGGAGCAAAAAACUGGGAAAGUGUGAUUUUGUUGCAAAUGCGGCCUCACCCAGAGGUGGAGUUGUAAACAUUCAUCUGGACGAACAAAACCAAAGAGUGCUGCUGCGAGGAAAAGCUGUUACUGUUAUGCAAGGGUCUCUUUUAGUUUAGAGAUUCGGGGUUAAAACUUGAAAUCCAUAUACAUUCAAUCAAAAUAAAUGGAUAUUGGUUUGGAGAAUCCACUGGAAUUGGAAUUGAACAUGAAAUUUCAAAUUCUAGAACUGCUUUAUUGUCU